GAAGGCUGGGAGCAAGCACCGACAAAUACACAGCGCGCGGAGAAACCAGAGCGGGGUGAUGGAGGGUACAUAAAAGAGCGAGCAAGUAUGGUAUGUCCAGUUCCCCUCAAUAGGAAGCUUGAUUUACGCCUGCUUCCGUGCACUCGCCUGCAGCCGCCGCCGUGACUUCCUCUCCCUCCUAUCACCCCAACCCCCUCACACACCCAACAUGCUCGGCCACCUGACCGCAGCAGCCCUCGCGGCGGCGUCCCUCGCGCUCCCCGCCGCCGCCGCCGUCCCGGGGCAACUGCAGCAGAUCCUUGAUGGCGCGCGCGAAAACCCGCUGUACCGCUACCCGACAUCACUCACGCGCGACAUCAUCCCCAAGGCCGUGCACAGCCACAACGACUACUGGCGCGACGUGCCCUUCUACACAGCCCUGUCGCGCGGCUGCAUAUCCGUCGAGGCCGACGUGUGGCUGUACGGCGACGACCGGCUGCUGGUCGGGCACGACCGUUCCUCGCUGUCCGAGAACCGCACCUUCGACUCGCUGUACGUCCAGCCCAUCCUGUCGGUCCUGCGCGCCCAGAACCCGGCGCACGGGUUCUUGCCGCCCGGGGACGCGCCGACCCGCAACGGCGUCUACGACGCCGGCCCCGGCCAGACGCUGUACCUCUUCGUCGACGUCAAGACGGACGGCGCCGCCACGUGGCCGGCCGUCGUGCGGGCGCUGGGCCCGCUGCGCGAGGCCGGGUACCUGACCACGGUGCGCAACGGCACCGCCGGCACCGCCGCUGUCCCCGAGUCCGGCCCCGUGACGGUGGUCGGGACGGGCAACACGCCGCGCGCGCUGGUGGAGGGCGCCCCCGCGCCGCGCGACUACUUCUGGGACGCGCCCGCGGCGGAUCUGGCGCGGGAUGGGUUCAAGGAUGUGGGCGCGGCGCUGAGCCCGAUCGCGAGCGCCGGGUUCGGCGACGCGCUCGGGGCUGGCGAGGGGUCGGCGGCGCGGAGGUCCGGGGUGCUCAACGACACGCAGCUGGCGCUGCUCAGGGAGCAGGUCGGCGCGGCGCACGCGCGGGGAAUCAAGGUCCGGUACUGGGACACGCCCGGGUGGCCCGUCGCGGCGAGGAACAAGGUGUGGCGCACGCUGUGGGAGGCCGGGGUGGACCUGCUCAACGCGGAUGAUCUUGAGGACGCUGCUGGGUUCUGGGAGGAGUAAGGCUUGUUGGAGGAGCAAAACCCCUUGCGGCACACACUAUACCACUAAAUGCAGACAGACCGCUACUAAGGACCUUGUUUAAGAUCCAAGAAAGUAAUAACAUCAACGCCUGACACAUAUACGCCUGAAAUUUUACAAA